AGUAUUAUUAUUUUUACUAGAAACAAGCGUAUCGUUUACUUGUUCUCUCCGUUUCCUAACAACUUCUUCCUUCUCUCGGCCGUUCCCUCCUCCUCGUCUUCUCCGCUCGCCGGAAAACCCCCUCCUCGCCGGCGGAGGUCGGCCUCCUGCCGUGCCUCGUUUUCGGCCAUUCCCUGUUCUCUCCUUUCCGAGAGAAAGGGCUUCGCUUGGCGCUGCGCCGUCUGGGUUUCGGCAUUUGGUUGUUUGAUUCGUUGGCGGAUUGUGAAGGGUUCUAGACCAGAAUCAGAUUAGUAUGAGAUGGUAAAUGGAGAAGAUCUUGGGGUCCUUCGUUUGCCCCCAUCCUCUUUGAAUCAGACGGCGAGAUUUGGAUUCAUCCCCUCUAUUUUCCUUUUGUUUCCGCAUGAGAAUUAUUUGGGAUCUCGACUCGGUUUUUUUACAUGAGCGGUGGAAGGAAGGUCUUGCUUGUCUAUAGUAGCAAAUGAUCAGUUGGGAAUAUUAAAGCAGAAAAGGGCUGACACUGUAAAAGAAAAUAUCAAUGCUAUUGCUUCAAUGUCUAGAAGUGGAGGUGAUGCUUUAAGAACUCCAGCAUCUUGUGGUUCUAGACUUCAUGGGAAUGUCGAUGUAUUUUCUCAUGUCAGUGGAUCUUCAAAGGAUGCUUUUUCUAAGCACCCAGUGAAAAAAUUUGAAUCGUCAGACUUGCAAUGGAUUGAAAACAUCCCAGAAUGUCCUGUCUUUUGCCCCUCAGUUGAGGAGUUUGAGAAUCCACUUGAUUAUCUUCAACGCAUUUCUUCUAUUGCUUCAAAAUAUGGUAUCUGUAAGAUCAUUUCACCAUUAAGUGUUUCAGUUCCUGCUGGUGUUGUCUUGAUGAAAGAGCUAGCUGGGUUUAAGUUUACUACUAAGGUGCAGCCUCUUCGUCUUGCUGAGUGGGCUGCAGAUGACAUGAUCACCUUCUACAUGAGUGGAAGGAAGUAUACAUUUCGGGAUUUUGAGAAAAUGGCAAACAAGGAAUUCUCUCGAAAAUUUUCUAGUACUGGAUGUCUCCCAGCUAAGUUUAUUGAAGAGCAAUUUUGGCAUGAAAUUGCAUUUGGCAAAACAGAUAUGGUUGAGUAUGCUUGUGAUAUUGAGGGAAGUGCCUUCUCGUCAUCCCCUAAAGAUCAACUUGGACAGAGCAAUUGGAACUUGAAGAAAAUUUCACGGCUAUCAAAGUCUAUUCUGCGACAUCUCGUGGCUCCUAUUCCAGGUGUAACAGAUCCCAUGCUUUACAUUGGGAUGCUUUUCAGUAUGUUUGCUUGGCAUGUAGAAGAUCACUAUCUGUAUAGUGUUAGUUAUCAUCAUUGCGGAGCUUCCAAAACAUGGUACGGUAUCCCUGGCCAUGCUGCUCCAGACUUUGAAAAGGUGGCCCAGAAUCAUGUAUAUGGUUCUGAUAUUUUGCAGAGUGAAAGAGAAGAUGCUGCUUUUGAUGUACUUCUUAGGAAGACCACUAUGUUUCCACCCAUUAUUCUACUAGAACGGAAUGUUCCUGUUUAUAAAGCUGUACAGAAACCUGGAGAAUACAUUAUCACCUUUCCUAGAGCUUAUCACAGUGGAUUCAGUCACGGAUUCAAUUGUGGUGAAGCAGUGAACUUUGCAAUUGGUGAUUGGUUUCCUUUUGGUAAUAUGGCUAGCCAACGGUAUGCACUUCUCAAUCGAAUGCCAUUGCUCCCUCAUGAAGAACUUCUAUGUAGGGAGGCACAAUUUCUUUCCAACAGAUUGUCAACUUCAGAUCCUAAAAUCCACGUCCCUUCAACUGAAGAAUCCACAUCCCAGCAAAAUGUCAAACUUUCUUUUAUAUACUUAAUGCGGUUCCAGCAUUUUGGCCGGUGGACACUGAUGAAAUUAGGAUCCCGCACAUGCAUCAAGUUACAGAAUGUAUUGUGUAGCAUAUGCAGACGGGACUGCUAUGUUUCUCAUGUUAUAUGUAAUUGCAGCAAUGAUCCUAUUUGUUUGCGCCACGAGAAAGAGCUCAGAAGCUGUUGUUGCAACAACAACCGCAUAGUACAUAUGAGGGGAGACAUUCUGGAAUUGGAAGCCCUAGCAAGAACUUUUGAACAGGAGAAUGCUAUAGCUAAGGAAAUUCAAAGUCUGAAUCAGCAAGACGACCACCGUUAUUUAUGGUCACGGUCAUUCUAUGGCAUUGAAGAGGACGGAUACUUUCCUUAUUGUGAUAUAAAAGUUGACGUUAAUUAUCAACCAGCUUCUACUGAGACUUCUGCUAUCCAUGAUGAUGAUGAUUCUGACUCUGGAAUAUUCAGAGUCAAGCGCCGGCCUUCAAAUCAAUCACAGAAAAGAUCCAUUGGUGAUACACUUUGCUCAGGUUACCAGGGACACCAGGGGUUUCAACGGUUGAAGAAGCUUUGCCCAACAGUAAGACAACUCCCUGCAGUACCAUCAGGAUCUAAUCGAUCGAUAACACUAGAUGAUCCUACAUCAGCAAGUCAUGUAACAAAACACAAGCCUUCUUCAAGCCAGGCUUCUCGUGGAUUGGUGCUAUCAGAAUCCUCCAAAUUCAAAAGUGAUUACUCAUCACUUCACAUCAGAAAAUUGAAGCUGAAACUGAACCAAAACAAUGAACUUCACGCACCACGAUUGAAAGUUAGAAUGUCACCUGCUGCUAAUGGAGCCAAUAGCAAAGACACCGCUACCAGCCGCAUGCCUUCUGAAGUAUCGCAGCGAAGAAAGCCGUAGCUAAACCAGUGCAGUAACGAGUUCAAACCUAGAGCAUAUCUAACUUAAGAUUCUAAUCAAAGCUUUUGCUCCAGCAAAGAGAGCAAAGAGUCAACCAACAUAUGAAUCUACUAACACCCUGGAGCAAGAUCAAUUCACAUGAUUGAUUUUUUUUGUGCAGACCUCCAAAGGAAGGUGAUUGCACGAUUGAUUUUGAUUAUUCUCAACCACCAAAUUGUAUUGUGUUAGAGUCAAAAACUAUCAUUUGCUAAUAUUCCCAUCUACUUUUAUUCUUUUAUGUGACUUAACUGCCCCCAGGAUACAUCUGACCUGUGUAAUUUUUUGUUGAUAGACUCGCUGAAGAUUAUUGAUAAAUCAAUAUUUUUGAUAGCC